GAGAGCAGCGCAUCAUAUCGUUAUCGGCAAAAUUAACGCGAAGAUGACAGAUGUCUUGGAACUUCUCGUUACAAAGGCUGCAGGUGAACUAGACAGUAUUCUACUGCAAGGAGCUUCUUUAUACAUGCGGACUCUGUCGAGCCACAACACCCCUUUAGCGAAACUCGUUCUUGGCUUUGGGCAACAGCAACUACAACAGCCGCAUUCCCCGUUGAUCACUUGUUUAGUAGAUGACUCCAAUUUGUCACAAAGCGGCUCCAGCUCCUUCGAUUAUCCGGUUUUAGUCGAUCGCAGCCUGUUGAAUACCGUAAGGACAUACUGUGCCGGCGCGUUUCUAGCACAACAAGAACGUUCCGAGGAUUCAAUGCAACUUGGUAAAAUGCCUUGCCGUAGCUUGACAGAUAGUCUGCAAAGCUCGCCGCAUGUCACACGAUCAAUGUUGGCCGACAAACCGACCCCUUUCACUGCUAUAUUGUGGCUUUGCAACCCACAACUUGAGUGCUUCAUUAGUCAUCGCCGCCGCUGGCUGUUAGACAGCCUUUGCGCUCCGGACGCAGCUAUCCCUUCUGCUGAGAAAAUGCGGCUGUUGGUGAACGCGGUUGUUCUACUCGACCUCCUGCUGAGCGUCUGUCCAAAGCUCAAGUCUUUGUGGGAGUUCCGGCUGUGGAUAGUCAAGCAGAUGUUCUCUCGUCACCUCCUUACAAGCGUGAAGGGAGGCAAUUCAUCAGAGUCGCUGCUGCUUCGGUGGCAACUGCAAGAUGAUGUGUGCUUUUUCACCGCCGCUCACAAUCACCCUAUGAACUACAAUGCGUGGCAUUAUCGCCGUUGUGUACAUAAACUGCUUUGUGCUUCUGCUUCUGAGUCACCGAACGUGCUAGAAACAGUCGAUAAGAUUGUGCUCUACGAAAGUCAGAGAAUUGUUCACUUCAUCAGAGAGCACAACGGUGACAGUUCGGCAGCGUCCUACCUUCUUUUUUUGCUUCACGAAGAAGACGUCAGGGAUCAAAUGCUGACCCUCAAGAACUCACAAGGCAUAACUCAACCCCAGCCUGAACCUUCGCAGGGUCUGAGACAGUCUGCAGAGGAAAACGGUAAAUUCACUCGGGCCUGCCCUUGUGCACCACGUCUGUGGACGUAUCUCAUGCGCUGCACUCAAGAAGAAAUUAGGCGACACUGCGAGAAGGGCCACGAAGCUAUGUGGUGUCUCAGGCUGGAACUGGUCCGCUGGGCGUUCAAAAAGACCUCUCGCGUGGGCCUCUUCUCUUCGUGGAAUCUGGAAAAUGAACUCGAAUGGGUCUCUGCAUAUGUCGCUGCGGUUUCCAGUGCACCCUCCGACAAGCUGUUGGCACCGGUGUCCGUCUUUCCGCACGCUUGGACCGAUUCAUUCGGCUCACUGGCGUGGACGUCGUACAACGCCGCUCGUUACGGACUGGAACUGCUGCGCGUCCUUGGUUAUCACAAUUACCAGGCAGAAAUCCACUGA